GGCUGAGGCCCCGGCCGCCGCUGCCCGGCCUCCCCCGCGCACCCGCCCCGGGGGCAGCGAGGCGCCGGGAGGAUGCGAGUGGGCGCUGCGGCCGGCGGCGGCGAGGCGAGGGCCCGGGCGGCCGGCGGCCUUGGGAGUUCCCGGCUCACCCGCCGCCCCCCCGCCCCAAGAGAAGUGCAGUAGUUUUGUGAGGCGCAAGAUGGCGGCGCGGCCGUGAGCGGAGGCGGCCGGCGGGCGGGCGGGCAGGCGGCGGGGCGAGGCGGAGCGGCGCCGGCAGAUCAGGAUGUGCAGCGCUGGAGAUCGACCCCGACUUCAAUACAGCACGUAAUGGAGGCAGUUCUGCAUCUCUGAAAGGGCUCCGAGGAUCUGCUGCAACAGUGAACGUUACCUGGUGUUGGAUGUGGACUUUAAAACAGUGUGUCUCAACAUCUCAUCCUCAACUAUCUAUCUUUAAUCUGAUUGCACUACAAAAGAAAAGCUGCUAAUGGGAUAAAUGUUGAGGCUUUACAAGAACUGACUUGAAGCACCGAAAGCCAUUACCAUUAUUAAUCAAGAAGAGCUUGGAGCUAAGUCUGUAUCUGACCAAUCAUUUUCACGUGACAGGCAUGGCAAGUAAACGAAAAUCAACCACACCGUGCAUGGUCUUAGCCAACGAGCAGGAUCCGGAUCUAGAAAUGGUAUCAGACUUGGAGGAAGGACCACCUGCACUGGCACCAGCAGAUAACCCUGCAGCUGAGAGUGUAACAAGUGAUGAGGAUGUUCAUGAGUGUGUGGAUUCAGACAAUCAGAAAAAUGCAAAUAAAGUAGAAGGUGGCUACGAGUGUAAAUACUGUAGUUUUCAAACUCCAGAUCUCAAUCUGUUUACUUUCCAUGUGGAUUCAGAACAUCCCAACGUAGUCCUAAAUUCAUCCUAUGUUUGCGUAGAGUGCAAUUUCCUUACCAAAAGAUACGAUGCUCUCUCCGAACAUAAUUUGAAGUACCACCCUGGAGAGGAGAAUUUUAAAUUGACCAUGGUGAAACGUAAUAAUCAGACAAUCUUUGAACAAACAGUAAACGACCUCACUUUUGAUGGGAGUUUUGUUAGAGAAGAAAACGCUGAACAGGCCGACUCUUCUGAGGUCCCCUCAUCAGGGAUCUCCAUUAGCAAAACUCCGAUUAUGAAAAUGAUGAAAAACAAAGCCGAGACGAAACGUAUUGCUGUUUUCCACAACGUAGUUGAUGACAUUCCUGGUGAAGAAAAGGGAACUGAAAACGAGCCAAACUCUGAGGAAGUAGUAGAAAACCCACCACCGGCAGUUUCCGAGUCGAAAGCGAGCCAUGGGGUGGUUGGCAGUGCAGCAGAUGUGGCCAGUGCGGUCGUGACUCCAGCACCGGUGCUCCAGCCCGGGGUGGCACAGGUUAUAACAGCUGUUACAGCUCCACAGAACUCUAACCUGAUUCCCAAAGUCCUGGUACCUGUAAACAGCAUUCCAGCCUAUAAUACUGCUUUGGAUAACAAUCCUCUUUUGCUUAACACCUACAACAAAUUCCCAUAUCCGACCAUGUCGGAAAUCACUGUUCUUUCCACUCAAGCAAAGUACACAGAGGAACAGAUUAAAAUAUGGUUUUCUGCCCAGCGUCUGAAACACGGGGUGAGCUGGACACCAGAGGAAGUGGAGGAAGCAAGGAGGAAACAAUUUAAUGGCACAGUGCAUACUGUGCCACAGACAAUUACCGUUAUUCCGGCACACAUUUCCGCCGCUAGCAAUGGUUUACCUUCCAUUUUACAGACAUGCCAAAUAGUUGGUCAGCCAGGACUUGUUCUCACUCAAGUGGCAGGUGCAAACACAUUACCAGUAACAGCCCCGAUAGCAUUGACUGUGGCAGGAGUCCCAAACCAAACACAGUUACAGAAGACUCAGAUUCACACUGCUCAGCCUAGUGCAGAAACCAAACAAGUAGCUGCCGUCCCAGCCCCUCAGCCUAUCAAAAAUGAAUCCACACUGAUGAAUCCCGACUCCUUUGGCAUCCGAGCAAAAAAAACUAAAGAACAGCUGGCAGAAUUGAAAGUCAGCUACCUUAAAAAUCAGUUUCCUCAAGAUUCAGAAAUUGUUAGACUUAUGAAAAUAACAGGCCUCACAAAAGGAGAGAUCAAAAAGUGGUUCAGCGAUACACGCUACAAUCAGAGGAACUCAAAGAAUAAUCAUGGGAUUCAUCUCAACAGUGAUUCAUGUGCCACCAUUGUUAUUGAUUCAAGUGAUGAAAUGAAUGAGUCCCCAACGGGAGUCACUCCACAGAGCAAGUCAUCAUGGAGCGGUUUUCCUGAUUUCACCCCACAGAAAUUCAAAGAGAAGACUGCUGAACAGCUGCAAGUCCUCCAAGCAAGUUUUCUGAAUAACCCUGUCCUUACUGAUGAAGAGAUGAAUAGGUUAAGAGCCCAAACCAAACUGACCAGGAGAGAGAUUGAUGCCUGGUUUGCAGAAAGAAGGAAAUCAAAUGUCUUAAAGGAAGAGGGAGCUGACUUGAAUGAGAGCAAUGCUGGCAGCUCAAAAGAAGAGGCUGGAGAAACAUCUGUGGGAGAUGGAGCCCCAGGAGCAAAAUCAGGGUGUUCCACUUCAAGCAAAAUAGGCAAAAAAUCCCCAGAGCAGUUGCAUAUGCUUAAAAGUUCCUUUGUCCGUACUCAGUGGCCAUCUCCACAAGAGUACAACAAGCUGGCAGAAGAAACCGGGCUCCCAAGAUCAGAAAUUGUGAGCUGGUUUGGAGAUACCCGCUAUGCCUGGAAAAAUGGUGGAUUGAAGUGGUAUUAUUAUUACCAGAGUGCCAGUGCAAACAGUCUGAAUGGCCAAGGCUUCUCAAGGAAAAGAGGGAGAGGAAGACCAAAAGGGAGAGGAAGAGGGAGGCCUCGGGGGAGGCCUCGGGGAAGCAAGAGGUUAAAUUGUUGGGACAGAGGUGUGUCCGUCAUAAAAUUCAAAACUGGAACAGCAAUCCUGAAGGACUACUAUAUGAAGCACAAAUUCCUUAAUGAGCAAGACCUUGAUGAACUGGUAGCCAAAUCUCACAUGGGAUAUGAGCAGGUCAGAGAGUGGUUUGCAGAAAGGCAGAGGAGAUUAGAACUUGGAAUAGAGCUGUUUGAUGAGAACGAGGAGGAAGACGAAAUGCUGGAAGAACAGGAAGAUGAGGAAGAAACGGAUGAUAGUGAUACUUGGGAACCUCCCCGACAUGUUAAGCGUAAACUUUCAAAAUCAGAUUGACAUGCAGUUUGGGAUUUGGGGGCCAAAAACCUGUGAACUAGGUUUGAUGUUACGGUGAAGAGCCAAAUGAUUUUUCAUGGCCUUCAGUUUAGCAAGCACCUGGUUAGCAUCUUCCUUCUGCCUAAAAGAACGUGGGCAAGAUGCUACCUGUGCAGGCAACAACUAUUUGCUUUCUUGCUACAAGAGAUGGACGUCCUCAGGCCUAGUCUAGUACAUGAGUUUAUAAAUCAGAUCCAGUUCAGCUCCUCCGCUUCCACAUUACCAAUGGGAAGGUUCAUGUUUGUCAUUCACGUGACUGCUUCUCAAUAAUUAAUUGCCUUAUGUUGUUUAAUUCCAAAAACAACCACAGACACGUUUUUUCGUUGAUGUAGGAGAACGUUGCCUGUUCAUGAAGGAGGAAAAUACAGAAACCUAAGAUGUCUCUUUUGCAAACAUCGCUUCACCUCAAAGGUUUCAAGGCCUGGGUUUAUUUCUUAAAGAAAGUGUUCAAAACACAAAGAGAAGGGGAAAGUGUGACAAAGGAAUCAAUGACCCUAGGGGUGAGGUUUGCUUGGUUUAAGAAAAUGAGCUGAUAUUGUCACCUUUUGCCUAGCUUCAGAGCGUUUUGGGUUUACAGAACUCAUGCUGGAAUGUUCCUUGUUGACACCUGGGCUAACCGAAGGAGUCUAAUGCUAGAAGAUGCUUUUUGUUACAUUUAAUCAGUGUAUCCUACAUCACUUUAAUUUAAAUGCCUGACAAACUUGAUGCAGUUGAUAGCAAUGUUUGGUUUUAGCUUGUGCAUUCUUUCCUUUGGUAAGAAAUGGUAAGAAGAGUAUGUCUAUUUCUACCUAAAAUGAAACAUUUCUUGAGAUCUUACACUGAAUUUAAAGGUAAACACAAGGCAGGAACUGCCUAAAAGAGUUGGUGUGGGGUGUGUGAGAACACACAGAUACAGAGACCAAAAGUGUCUUGGGGUGCUAGUAAGAAGUGUUUUCAUGUACAUUGUGGCAAUGACAGGAUGUUUAAUUUUCCAACAAAAUGAAGUUAUGUGGCUUUUAGAUGCUUACGAAUGAUAAACACACUAGUGUUUAAUUGUUCUUCAGCAAUAGCUCAGUUGGAUGAUUUGUGUGCAAGUUUAACUGAAGUUGAUCCUAAUGGAUUGAGCUCUCACCACUGUGGGGAUUGUGCUUAGGGCCAUGGGGUGAAUGCACUUACUUCUAGAGGCUGUUUGAUCUGUCUGAACUGAACUCCAGAAACAGUUUGAUCUGAUAAAAAACUUCGACAUCUUGAAUAAAUGUCUUUAAAACAGAGAAGAAGAAGAAAAAAAAAGCCAUUUAAGACAUUGAAAUAAUAGUAGAGUUUGAAUUAGGAACUUUUAAAAAAAUGGGUGAAAUUCAUGGUAGUUAGGUUAGGCAGAUGUCUGGCAUUUAGAGAACUGGUGCUCCUCCAAGGAAGAGUAAUUUGUGUUCUUGCUAUUGUCGGUGUGCGUUUUUUAGGGAUAAGUUACUUUUAAUUUAGAUGUCAAAGUGUGAUGAUGAAUUGGUUCUGCUGUUGCCAGCACUGUCUGCUUUUAUGUUGGCACUAAUGGAAAGGAUGCUAGCAAUCUCAUUUUGCACAUGGGUCAGAUUCUUCUCUGUAGGCUUCUGCAUCUGAUGACCAAUGAGAGGCAGAUUAGUGUAGAGAAAAUGUGUCCUUGUGUUUCCACAUUUCUGAGAACCUCGUCUGGAAUUACUCUUUCUUCUAGGAUAAUUUAAAAAAAAAACAAGAAAGUAAUUUCAGAUGUGAUUUUCUGAAGCAGAGGAGUCAAUGUGAGAUUUGUUUUUCAUACCUGCUUGGGACUGAAACCCAGGUCAAAGCGCGAAAGGGAGUAACAUCUGACAAAAAAAAAAUACUGGUAACUCAGUUUCCUCUCUGGGCACUUGUAUCUGUCCUUCUGCUCCCAGGUUGAAGAGGCUGCCUGAGCUACAGGAGGAUAAUGUGUAUGAAAGCCAUUUACCAGAGUGAGCUCUUCUGACUAUUUGAGAUUGCUGGGAAGGAAAAGGCAAUGGCUUUUGGUAUGUGACACGAAUUGGCUGAUGAAGCUGGUAUCUGGCUUACAAGACUCCAGUUGGCGAGGCACAGAGUGGCCACCAGUGCUAGAGAGGACUAGCCAAGAAUCACUCAGUUUAACUUUGGGGUGGGGGAGAAGCAAAAUUGCGUUGUCAGCCUAUAUCAUUGGAGUGAUUGUGGCUCUGGAUGUGAGGUGCUGAGAGAGAGAUCAGGGUCUGGCCUUAUCAGCACUGACUGCUGCGUGUGGUUGGGAGGUAUUCUUGUUUGGUUGGUAUCUGUAUGGAUGAGGCUCUUGUAGAUGUCAGCAGAUACAAGAAAGACUCAUGUUAGCUUCAAGCUCCACUGGGAAUAAAAGGUCAAAAAUCAGUGCUUGCUGGGUGGGAAAGGACAAGGCUAGUAGGGAAAGAGAUGCUAUUUUUAAGUUUCCAAAAAUAUUUAAGCACAUCUUUAAAAUCCUUGGGAAUAUGCCUCUAGCAAGAAAAAUCUGGAGUUGCCUUAAUCCUUAAGGUUGACCCAGAAUUACAUUUUUACAUUAAAAAAAAACCAACAAACACAAACAAAAAAAAAAAAACACCUAAGCAACCUGUCCAAAUAAAGAUCUCCAAUUUUUGUUAGCAGAGACUGCAUUUAAGUUAGCAUUAAAUCCAACCUUCUUUAAAAGAUGGGAAAAAAUAAAGACCUAAGUUAAUUAUAUGAUUAAACUGGGAAAUUUUCCAUUUUGGCAGUGUUACGUUAAAUAACACUCAGCUACAAUGGUAGGCCUUAGCACAUGUGGCCUGAAAAACACAGGAAGAGGAAAUACAUUGUUUAUCAGACUAAAUAUAGUUGGAUUGGAUGUCUUCUUUCAGUAAAAUGCUCAGAGAUGAUGGCAGAUGUAUACUGGGCCAGAUUGUGGAUUCUUGUAAAUAUUCCAGUUCCAUGUGAUUAUAUUAGUAUUUUCAGCCCAUUGAGGAACAUAAUCUCUUUGCAGAAUAUAAAAUGGAAAUUAAAUUGUGUGCUGUGAGCCAGCCAAUGGGAGAUGCAGAGUACCCACAUUUCCUUUGGGCUACCCUAGCCUUGUAAGCCUUCCAGGUUUGCCAAGAAUAGGAAGAACUUGGGUGGGUUCAGCCUGAAGACAGCAGUUGUGUACGUUAUUGCUCAUAGUCUGUCUCUUAACUUCUGUUUGAACAGAAUCCAUUAAUUACCAGUUUAUUUCAUGUUUACAGCAUGUAUGUAUUUGCACUGCAUGCUGGGAGAGAGGGAAGCUCCUUCCAGAGACCUCCCUCAUCAGGACUGACAGGACAAGCAUUGGAAAGAGCUGUCAGCAUGUUGGUCUCCUAUUCCUGUGAAUUGUGGCCAUGAUUGGUGGGAACUCAAAGCUGCUGGUAACAGUGGUUUAGUUCACAUUUGUCUCAGCCAACCUCAGACUGCUGUGCUCCUUAACUAGGUGUACCGGGCACACUCUAUGUAGUCACAGAGAGAAACAGAAAUCGCCUGGUGGGCAGAGAGGAUAGAGCAUGACACCUCCUUCUAUCAGUUACAUACAGGAAACUUCCUGAACUUAAUCACAUCAGCAAGUGUCUUAAUUUAUGAUGAAUCUGAGCAUCCCUCUGCUCAUCAGAGGAGUGUCCCUGCACCCUCUUGUAGCUGGUGCGCACUCGCAGGAUGUUUUGGAAGCCAAUUGGACUUAGUUGUGUUGACAGUGGGGAGGGAAGUAGCCUGUGGUGUGUUUUCUGUAUUUCUGUGGAGCUUCACCUCUUAGGUCUGAGCUAGUUAUGAGCCAGGCUUCAGUGUUUUUCACUUACAGUGGAGAUCAAGAAACUCUGAUCUUGCUCAGAUCUUACCUCAAGGUAGCUGGUUUGUUCUUAGUCUUUAUUGGGAGCAUCCUUUCAGAAUUCAGCUGUGAGCACCACUUCCUUUAGUGCUAAGGUAGAGCUUUUCUCUUCAUCUGCAGUUUCUGCCAGGAGUACCUGAUCUGAUGAUGCUAGUUACUGCUGUCUAUGGAAUUAAUCUGAAGAGAGAAUAAAGAUCCUGUGCCAGAAUGGAGAGAGAGAACGGCUAAAAGAAAGCAAGCAGUGCCACAGCCGGGUGAGGCAUUCACCAGGACUUUGUCAUGCUGCUUCGUGGCAUGGUACAGUUUUGCUUCUAAGUACAGUGAAGGAGUACAGUUUCAUCUUAAACUGUGCUGUCUUCCCAGGAUCAAUCUGUCAAUGACCCUAAGGUUAGUGUUGUAAAAAGAAUGUCAGACAUAUUCCUCCCUGGAGAUUUGAAUGAACUAAAAGAUUGCUGGCUUGUAAGAAGUGGAAAGAAGGGAAAAUGCAGAAGCUUCAAGGCUCUUGACUUUUGCUUGCCCUGCAGAAUUCCUUUACCCAAAGUUAAUAAGCAGAACAAGUUUUACUCUUGCCGUUUUGACAGAUACAAAUAUUGCUCAUUUUACCACACAGAAAUUUGUUUUGUUUUGAAAGCAAAGGAGAAGGAAGGUACCUAGUACCUCAUCAUUAGAAUUCAGUGGAUUAUCGCUAAUACACUAUAGUAAAUGAGGCCAUUCCCUAUUUUAACCUUGUCCAGUACCAUUUUAAAACUGUUUUUUUAAUGACAUUAUAUGCAAUAUGGUCUGGCUGUAACUUUGAUUAUUGGGAAGGAAACUCCUGCAGUGUCCUCACAUGACAUGAAAUAAUUUUUCUAAUGCAUUACUUGCUGACUUUGGCCAAAAGCCUCUUUUCUUCCUGCUGGCCAAGGAGCUCUUGAGGCAGACAAAUGCACUCUCUUCUCCUCUACAGAGCAGAGGAAGCAUUUCAGAGCCCAUACAAAGUGAUUCAUGGCCUUUUGCAGUCCACAUAGGCCAGAAAGCCCAAAGAUGCAGACAUUCUCUUCCUCCCCUGUUUCCCUCUGAAACAAGAGCACAGCAGUAACUCUGACAAGUAGUCUCUGGCUGCUGAGUAACCAAGCUGUAUUUGAAGGUGGGUAGCAUUUUCCCUUUUGCACUUAAUGGAGUACUGUGUAUUCAGGCUGGAUAUCAGUAUUUGCUUCUGUAAAUAUGACAGCAUUGAUUCGCAUCCUCCACCUGAGUCCCCUAUCUGUCUAUAUUAAUAUCUCCCAAGGAGAGAAGAUAAUCUUUAAGCUUCUGUAAUAUUAAAUAUCUUUGCCCUAAGCUGAGUGCACAAAAAUAGAGUGCAAUGAAAUAUAGCUUCUUUCUUUGAUUUAAUUUAUUUUUUCUUGAAAAGUAAUUUUGUCUGCAUUCAGUAGUAAUGAAAAGAUACUGUCAAUGAUCAGAGAGCAGUAGAACUGUUGAGAGUUGUUCAUAAUGCCUGGGAUGAUUGUGUAAACGAAGAAUCAGGAAGGGCUGGCAGAGGGCUCAGUUCACUGCACUGAACAGUGCUGGGUUACACCUGUAUUCUCCAUCCAGGAUAAGUAGAUGGACCAAGUAGCAUGACAGAAACUUACCAGGUCAAGUUACUUGAUGUUUGGUGAUGUAUUCAAAUUCUGUAGGAAAAGAAGUUGUAACAGAAAGUGAAAAACCCCCUCAAUAGCUACUUAUACACACUCAACAGCUCACAUUUCGGAAUCAUUUUCCCACUUCUAAAAAGGGAGAGUUUGAAGCACAGGUGGGUUACAGCCAGUGUUUUCAAGUUUAAUGGUCUAAGCUUGGGGGGGUUUUUCUCCUUCUGCAGUGUAGAGUAUUUGCACUUUUUCAGUAGAUACGGUCAUUGCAAAAACUUACACAACAUUGUAAAAUGUCAAGUGGUAACUGAGGAUCCUGUAGCACUUUUCAUAAAUUAAGGUGAGAUUUGUCUGAUUGCAUGUUGAUGUCUGCAUUUGAGCAGGACACUGUAGCUAGUCAGUAUACAUAAUGAAUGUGAGCCAGCUCAUCCGACAUGCCUGGAGUUGGUCAGAUGAACUGCACCCUAAUCUCCACUGACUGCUGCACGUGGCUUGCAGGUGGACACUGCAGACACCUGAAAUACGGUGAGAUGGGUCUUGCCUGGGAGCCUGCUGGCUGGACUGCAGCACUGAUCUUGGAGUUGUGGUUAGCAAUGGUACUUAUCUCUGCUUCUGACUUAACACUUGUUGGAAAGUGUAAGGCCCUUUGGGUUUUCGUGGUGGGGUUUUUUUCCUAUUUUUUUUUCUUUUAUUCUAGAGCAGAUAGCACUACAAUGGUGGUUAAAGUAACUGAUCUUUCAUUAUAAUACUGUGGCAUAAAGAUGAUUUGGGGUUUCUCAAGUGUUCUAGCGAUAAGGUUGCUGUAUGAACAUUGGACCAUGUGUGAUUUAGAAUGUGUUAAGACACUUAUUUGUGUCCCAGUUGAUGAAAGUAUUUCCUUAUGCUUGUUCAAUACUAGAUACCUAUCAUGAAACUUUCCAUAAAGAAUCUGCUAGAGUGACAGAAGAUUCGAGUCUUCAUCUGUGAUACGAAACAAUCAACCACAAGAGCUCCAUUAUGAUUUCAAAAUGUUCCCACCGCCUCCAGUUCCAGCUUACAAAAGUGUUUCCCAUUUUGCAUAGCUGGCUCUCUGCAUGUAUGCUUACAGUCUGUACAGAAAUGCACUAAAAUGAGUUGCCCUACCUGGGAAGGCUUUAUAUUGUAUAGAAAAUGUGGCACUAGGUACUGCUCUUCAUGUGCACAGGAGAGUUAACAGGUGUCGAUCUCGUUUACAGAAAUGAUGGCGCUUUGCAAUUUUCUAUAAUAUAUUGCAAUAUAUUUAAAUGUCCUGUUUGACAUGUGAAAUGAAAUUUAAGUUAAUGCAUUGUUAUGUAUUUGAAGUAUGAGGAAGAUGAUUCACUAACGACCAGCAAGCAAGGUUUUUAGAAGGUGUCCAGUAUGUAGCCGUCUGUGUGGUUUGUCUAGUGUAUGUGAUGUUAAAAGGAAGCAACAAUACUGUCACUGUUUGGAAUGAAGAGUUUCUUUGGAAUGAUGCAAUAGCUUACAGUGUCUUUCCUUUGUAGCUGCCCAGUGUGGUGAAGGGGAAGCAAUUCUUGAAAAAGUUCAAGAUAACUGGUUAACUGUGAAUGGGCCUAAUCUUUCGUGAAACCAAGAAAAUUUUUGGACACACACAGGACUUGAAUACUCAAAAGGAUUGGAACUUAGUGUUGUGCCAAAGUUAAACUACUGCAGUUGGCAAAAGUUCUGCACUGUAAAUAGAAGACUGAUUAAAAGACAGCUUGUAAAAAAAAAAUAAUUGAAUUUUAAUACAGUCAGUUUUUAUUCUGAUACAUGGAAACAUUCUGGUUUAGACCUUUUUUGAAGAGGCUUCGGUGACCACUAGAUUUUGUCCUCUUAUAUUUUGUUUGGCCUAAUACUAUAUGUUCUAGUAAGAUGGGCUUUAUUGCCUGUGUUCUUUGAUAUGUGAUUAAGCUUAUAGCUUUGAGUGACCAAACAUUUUACAGAGUAAAAGUUCUUAGAAACAGUAUAAUGUAACUGAUAUUUCUGUGUCUUAUUUAUCAGGCUCUGCACAAACUUGGAAAGUUGUGCUGGACUUGUACAACUCAUAUAUGGGAACACAGCAUACUUCUGGAUAUUACAAACCUAGCCUUUGUGGCAGUAUGGAUCUUGUCUUUGGAUUUAUUUUUGUUAUUUUUUUGAGGCAAAGAGACAAAUGGAUGCUGCUGUAAAGUAUUUGUAACAUUGCCAUUAUUGCUUUCUGUAGCAAUUACUGCUUUUGCUUCAUCAGAUAAAGAAAAUAAAUCAGAGAUAGAAAAAUCCUAAAAGAUGCUGGUAGAGGAAAGGAUCACGUGGCAACUUCUGAAAAUAAACUUUGUACCAAAAAUUUGAAAACACAAA